AUGACUUCGACGCUCUACCAUGUUUGUGACAAAAUCGAGCAGCGGAUUAUUUGGAUCGACUGCGAGAUGACUGGAUUGGAUGUUGAGAAGCAGGUUUGGUAAUCACUUUUUAUUAACUCCUUACUAAGUUUUUCACAUUCAGACGCUGUGUGAGAUUGCUGUAAUCGUGACGGACUCAGAAUUGAACACAAUCGCCACCGGCCCAGAUAUCGUUAUUCAUCAGCCAAAGGAGGUGCUCGACAACAUGGAAGAGUGGCCACGUAAAACUUUUCUCGAAAAUGGACUCAUGGAAAAAAUCAUCGGCAGCCAGUAUUCAAUGACGCGGGCAGAGGAUGAAGUGAUCGAGUUCCUCAAGCUGCACGUGCUUCCAGGAAAGAGUCCGAUUGCCGGCAACUCCAUCUACAUGGACCGUCUGUUCAUCAAGAAGUACAUGCCGAAGCUCGACACUUUCGCUCACUACCGUUGCAUCGAUGUCUCCACCAUCAAGGGCCUCGUUCAGAGAUGGUAUCCGAAGUACAAGCACGCGCAGAAGCAGUGCACACAUCGGGCGUUCGACGACAUCAUAGAGUCGAUUGCCGAGUUGAAGAGAUACAGAGAAAGCAUCUUUGUCCAGCCAGAAACAUCUUCCUAA